AAAUUCUCCCUCAAAACGACAAAACUUAAUUUCCUCUUUCGUAGAAAUGAGACUGAGCUGAGAAGAGAACCACGAUGAAACCCUAAGUUCUGUGCCGCCGUUUCGGUCGCUUCCGCCGCCGCUUCCGCUGCCGUUUCUGUCGCCGGCGUUGUUACCACUGCCGUGUCCGUUGUGGUAGAAAGCUUCUGGAUCGAGCCACCUCUUCUAUCAAGGCGUUUUUAGAUCUGUUCUCUCUAUACUAUCGUUGUUGCCACUGCAGUUUCCGCCGCCAUUGCCGCCACAGUUUCUACCGUUGAUGCCACCAUAGUUGCCACGGUACAACGUCGUUUUCUCUCACUCUAAUUUCUCCUUUGAACUGCUGCUGUUUAUCCUGAAGGUUGGAUUCCUAGGUGGUCUGUUUGAAGAAGAGAAUUGGCUAAAGAGGAUAUGAGGCACAAGCCAAUGAAACUGGAGAAGCUACUACACCAAUUAUAGUAAGGUAGCUAGAAGAUAUUUUUAGCUAGAAGAAAUUCAGGGAAUUGAAAGGAAAAUUCGAGUUCUAUAUGCAGACUUUGUACACACACAUGCCAACAUCUUUUAUUCAGAUCAGUGAUGUGAGGAGGAUGACUAGAGCUUUAGAUUUGCUUAGAUCCCUUGAAAGUUCCCUGAAUCAUGUUCUGUACAGGAAAACUCUAAAGAACAAGAUUAUUUUCAGCUCUUCAUCUAGUUGGGACUCAACCUCAACAAGCUUAGCUCUCGUUUCAUUGCAUUCCUUCCUAGCAUUCCCUAUCUCCCUCUUCUGGGCCUCUAAUUCAGCCAGCAGCUGCUAAACCAUAUUAGAUUUUGAAGACUGAGGUCCUCCUCCAGAACCUAGCACACAUGUUUUAUUCCUGACCACUGACUCGAAAGGCAUUAUUAAUAAAUUCAGUCAUGCCAAGGGGCAAACGCAUAAAAAAUCCAUUAAAGUUUGUAGAUGAAAGGGAAAACAACAAUGCUUCUCAUUCCCUUCAAGCUCCAGCACCAGCAGCAUUUGAAGAUAUCACUAGUGUAGAGGCUAGUGAGGCUCCUUCUCAAGAUCCUUCUCAAGCUCCUUCUCAAACCGCUGCAAAUUCCAUUUCAUCUGAUGGAGUCACACGUUGUUCUAACUCAAAGUCUUCAUCUGCUUGGAAUGUGGAGAUAAUUGACUCUACAAAUAUGAAGAAGAAGGCUAAGAUCAAAGUCAAGGAUGUUUGCAACUUACCUAGGGGAGACCGUGUAAUUAUAGAGGUUGACGAAGAGGGUGCGGCAUAUGGUGAAGCACAAAGUUUACUUGCUGGCUAUUGUGGUAUAUUAGCAACUAAUGCUCGUAUCUUUCCAAUUAGCUUUGAAAAGUGGUCAGGACAAGAAAAUGGUGGCAUGCCUAAGUCUUUUAAGGAUGAGUGCUUUGAUACAAUGAUAAAGGAGCUUUGCAUGAAAAAUAAGGAAAAUCGAAGCAAGCAAACCAUUCCUCACACUUGUGGAUCUAAAUCCAACUCUCGGAGGCGACAUGAGAUAGUAUAUAUAUACACAUACUUGUACUUGGAAACGGGAAAAAAGCCUAGUAGAGGAAUGAUGUACAUUGAAACACAUAAGAGAAAGGAUGGGUCUUUUGUAAAUAGCGAGGCAUUAACUAUAGUGGAACAAAUUGAGCUGAAUAUGACACCGUCAAAUACACAAUUUGAGGUGUCCCCUAAUAAUGCUGUUGGUAAAGUUUUGGGGCCUGAACACUCUGGGAGAGUUCGUUGCAUGGGCAUGGGAGCAGCGCCUACAAAUACCUUUAGGAAUGUGAGAAGUCCGCUUAAUGGGAUGACCAUCUCCACUAAUUCAGCUGGAUCUUCUUCGCCUACUACUGCUGCAAUUUUACAGGAAAAGAUCAAUAAUUUGGAGUCUGACUUGCAUAAUUCACAGCAAAAGGUCAUUAGUCUAGAGUCUAAAUUGCAGCAAUCAUUUGAUAUGAUGAAAGCAUAUCUAAUGAUGAAGGAAGGAGGAAUCCCCGAAGCGCUUGUUGGCUUCUUUUCUGCCCGCGAGGCUAAUGAUGCUGAAAGCGAGCCUACUACUCCCUUUGAUGCUAGGAGAUCAGCUGGUGAUAGUAAUGGAUAUCCGAGGACAAAUAUUUGAAACUUUUAUGUAAUUAGAUGACAUUGAAAUAUUGAAGUUGUUUUAUUUUACUUUUUAAAGAAAAAUAAUAAUAGAUAUGUAAAACAAUACCAUAUGCAAUUAUGUUUGGAAUUAUUGACUUUGAGAAUUUUUUA